AUGAGCUGCUCCUCCAUCCAGACCGGGACGUUCAAGAGUCUCUGUCACGAUGAAGGUUUCUAGUUCUUUUAAUUUUUCCAAUAUCAUAUUUUGAUCUGAAAGGUUUUGAGGAACUUUUCAAAGUUCUCGUAGUUGUUUUCACCGAGGUCUAAAAACCUCUGAGGGUUUGUAGACGCCCAGGAGAGACUUGGUUUUAAAACUCAUUCUGACGAACUCUCGGCUCUGUUUCCAGUGUUGUGACCCGUCUCUCUGCUUCUCCAAAAACUUUUGGGUCUUGUUACAGAGUCAACAUCCAAGAAGACCCUGACAGACCCCGUCACCUGCUGGACCCUGAGCCACUGCAUCCUGGGUAACAGGUGAGUAUGGAGUCCAGAUCUCACCACCUACAAGAAACCUGGUUCAGAAGUUUGAUCCAGAUUUCUGGACCUUGACAAUCUUCAUCUUUCCCAAACAUCAGGGCUUUUCCCACUUUGAAGGACGGAUCGACGUCAUUCUGGACCUCAUUCUGGACCUCAUUCUGGACCUCAUUCUGGACCCACUGAUGUUGAACUGAAGUCUGCACCAGCAGAGAAACCCGCCCCUCGACCUCAUCGGACUCUACCAGAUACCGUGGACACCAUUCCUGAGAAACUGGUACGUAGAACAGAGAUAAUGAUUCACGUAAAGGUUAAAAACUGUGCCGGACUAACUUUGUCCUUUUUUUUUUUUUUUUUUUAGGAGGACUACACCGAGACGUCGAUGACCCCCCUCUUGCUCCAGGACCCAGCUGAAGAAUCAGAGGUGAGUCAAUCUGUGUGAGUGAUCCGCUUGUUUCAGUCAAAGUUGUGAGGAUGUAAAAGUCCACUAACUGGAUCUGAUCCCUGUCUUCUGUAGACGGACUUCCUGUCUCACUGUGAGCCUGUAGACCUUCAACCUGGUCCAGAAAACCCUCGUUCAGGCCCUGGUGAGUCUGACUAACAGAAAAACUCAUGGAAACAUGGCAGAAUUUUCACUCAUGACGGUUCUCUUGGUUUACAGGAGGAUACCGAGUCUGGACCGGCUCCUGA